GAAGUUUGUGUGUUAAAGUAAAAAGAUAGCCUGACAGGAAAGUGGAACAACAAAAUGUAAACAUGUCAUUCACACCUUCGCGGUGUUGAAUUGUGCAGUUUAUGUUGUGGCAUCCCAGAAAUUCCUCUGGUGACUCUCUGUGGACUUUUGUCAUAACAUUGAAGCCGUAUUUUAAUAGUCAGUAUAGUGUGUUAGUUGUUAGUUUGCUGAAAAACUUUAAUUUGUGAGAUGGAAACAAGGGUUUGUUGUGAAUUUUUCUGUUUGAUGUCAAAAAUGACUGAUCUUUCGGGGGCCAUGUUAUUGUUUUGGACAGCUGUGUUGUGAGCCAGAUGUAUGAAAACAACUACCUUCAUUAAAUCAGUAUACCCUUUUAGGAAUAAAUCAUCAAAACAUUUUCUGUCUCUAUACUAAUUCUUAUACCUAAGCUUAUGUUGUUGGCUGGUUGAGUUUUGCUCAAAGAGAUCACACUUCUUUCUGCAAAGUAACAUGUCUGUAGAGACGAUAACAUCAUUAUGUUUGCAAUUUUUUUUUUUUUUAAAAUUACAUUUCUAUGUUAGGUUUAAUCUUUGUUACAGCCUUGCAGUGAAUAAGAAAUUGUAUUACAUGUGCAGUCCUCUAGUGCUGAAGCAGUUAGUUUACUGAGAGGAUUAGUCAACAACUGUAAUUGACACGGCAAUUGUAAUUGUUGCUGUCAGUUAACUUGCAUGCAUGUCAGACAUUUGCUCCUGUUAGGUUCUUAAAUGCGAGGAUUUUCUACUUCGUUUGUGUUUUAUUUGAUUUUAAAACCUUUGCGUUUUUGUCUACUGGUGGGAUUAAAUACACAUUUUCUUGAGUGUGACUGUGGUGUGAAAAUUCAUAAACUGAACACUCUUGUCCAGUGAAUGCCUGGUGCCUUCACUAAUGCCAGUGUCGUUGCUGUUACCAAUCUAUCAGAUUGGAACUGUGCACGAUUUUUCACAGUGCAUUUAAUGUCUGCUAAUUAUAGCUAAAUAACCUCAUCGGUAGGAUUUUUCAUGGUCUUGAUAAGCUGUGGGAGGACAUCUUUGUGGAAAAAGUUCAGAUAUUACUGAAGUGUUUAAGGUUUUCCAUGGAAAUGGCUUGGAUUAGCCUGCACUGCAGGGUACAGUCACAUUACACCGUAAACUGCUGUUGUGUGUGGUGGAAUGUAACCAUACUGGUUUAGAAGAGUAAAGCAAUAGCAUGACCCAUUUUACGUGAUAAGUUGAUGCAGAGCUUAUUGGACAGCUUUGAAAAAUGAGGGUUUAAUGCAUGAGAAAGCAGUUAAAGCGUAGUUUUAUACUUUAGCACCACACCUAGUAGACUGUUGCAUUCCUUCAGCUUAACUGUUGCCCAUUAAUUGAUUUAUUUAAAAUCAAAUUUAGUGGUUAUGUUUCUUGCAAAUAUUUUUUGUGUAUAGUGUAAUGUUACUAAAAGAAAAAAAAGGUGAAGGCCUGCAUGUCUUUCUGUUAAAAUCUGUUUUUAUUUGCCUGUUUUCUCUUGUUGUUACUUGCUAAUAAAAAAAAGCUUUCAUUGAAUUAAGUACCAUUAAAACCCACUUCUGAAAGACCACAAAUCUUGUUCAUCACACCAAGAUGUUGAUUCAUUGUUAAUGUGGGCAUUUAUGAGCAGCAUCUUGAUGACUUCACUGAAUCACAACUGAGAGUAUUACAGGUAUUUUUGACUCUGAUAUAUUGGCAACUAUCAUUUCAUUGUCUCUACAUUCUCGAUGGCAUGAUAAGACAUCUGGUGCUCUGGAACAGAAUGGUUUGGUAUGUCUCUUGAGAUUUGCUGACUACAAAAAGGUGGAUGAACCACACACCACUGGAGUGAAUCAGCUGACCACUUCCUGUGUCUGUGAUCUCAGGGUCACAUUAUGGUGUGUGAGGGGGUGAGUGAGUCUGCCAGCUGAGUGUGUCCCAUUGUUGGGAGAGAACACUACCCUCUGUUGUUCAGUCCAGCUCAAAAAUAGCACAUUGCCUUUUCCCUGCCUGUGCUUGGAUCAGAAAGUGAGGGCAGUUUUAGACAAUUUAUGAUUUCUUUUUCCAAAACUCUCUUCAUUGCAUGUUUCAUGCUGCAUUGUUAGUAGGUAACACUCUCAGAUGUAUUUCUGUAGGCAGAGGGGUGUGACCCUCAGGGAAGCAGAUUUCACACUGCUACAGUGACAUCUAGUGGACCUGCAGGGUACUUUGCCUCCAGGCCACAUUUUACAAGAACAAUAGAGACCCCCCUUUGUGUCCGUCCUCGCCGUCUCUCUCCUCACUCCAUCCCACUCCUUUUGUUUCUCCAUCUCUCUGGGCUCUCCCGGCUGAUUCAUCCUCCCCGCACCACCUCAAUCUUCACCAUUUCUCCCGUGUCUAGAUCCCAGCCCCACCGAGAUGAGCGUGGACCCCUGGGCCGGCACGCAGGACCAGGCAGCCGCUGAACACGCACACAGCACGCACACGCCGCCGCCCUCCCAGGACCAGGAGCAGCAUCCCGACGAACUCUGCCUGGACUCAUUUUGGAGUGAGGUAGAGACUAUUCGACAGGGGAGUGGCUACACAGACCUUGACUGCACCAGAAGAGACUCCAGACAGUCAGAAGAGGGUGAACAAGAGGAGCAGUGGCUGGCAGAUGCUGGCUUGUCCAACCUCAUCAGUGAGGACAGCGAGGAUGUAGACAACGCGGUGCUGCUGUCCACUCUGACCCGGACGCAGGCCGAGGCCGUUCAGCGCCGACUGGAUUCCUACACGCUGUCCCUCCGUAAAAGGAACAAACCACCUCCCCGCGACGUUCGUGACAUCUUCCACUCCCCCAUCGCUCAGACCCUUCUGCCUGAGUCUCAGCAUAGUGAAGACACUGCUCAAAACAGUAUGGCAUCGGUUGCCAAAACACCACUAUCAGCUGUGACCCCGGAGCAUCAGCGAGGUGCUCCUAAAGAGGAAUUCUUCUUCACUGAUGUGGCCUACUGCGAACAGGCUGUCAUCUUCCUCAAACAAGCCAAACUCCCACAAAAUAACAGCCAACGCAGAAAAGAGGACGGCACCCUGCCUCGGGUGAUCUGCCCCAAGUGCCGUCUUGGAGUGACUCGUAUUCAAGAUCUGUCCCACGCUGACAUGAAGAAGGUGCGUCAGUUGGCUCUCAUCGACAUGACGGCGUUGUCCGACCUUCUCGAGCUCGAGGUCAAAAGGCACAAAACCGGCAAGAGGAAAAUCCCAGAGAGCACGCUCUUUGGGGUGCCUCUGGCCACGCUGCUGGAGAAUGAUCAGAAAAUGAAGCCCAACACCUCGACUCCUCUGUUCAUGCAGGCGUUGUUAUCGUUUCUGGAGAAGAAAGGAGUCGAUUCAGAAGGGAUCCUGCGGGUUCCAGGGUCUCAGUCCAGAAUCAAGCUGCUGCAGCAGAACUUGGAGACUAACUUCUACUCAGGGCAGGUCAGCUGGGAUGAAGUGAGUCCAAAUGAUGCUGCUGCACUACUCAAGAAGUUCAUCCGUGAACUACCUGCUCCUCUGCUCACUGCAGAGUACCUCAACACCUUCAGCGCUGUCAGAGACAUCACAGAGCUGAAGCAGAAACUCCACAUGUUGAACCUGCUCAUCCUGCUGCUGCCUGAGCCGAACAGGAACACGCUAAAGGCCCUGCUCGAGUUCCUCAGUAAGGUGGUUUCCAGGGAGAAAAGGAACAGGAUGAACCUGUGGGCUGUCGCCACCAUCAUGGCUCCCAACCUCUUCCUCCAUAAGGCCGUCCCCAGCAGACUGACGGAGGGAGCAGAGAAAGGACAGGCAGAGAAGGCAGCUGACGUUAUGAGGCUCCUCAUACGCUACCAGGAUCUGCUCUGGACGAUCCCUAAUUUCCUCAUGAGCCAGGUGCGUAAACUGAAUGAGAACAGUAACCGGCGUUACCAGUUCUAUGACCGCCGCAUCAAGAACCUGCUGAGGAAGAUUCACACAGACAGCAGGGACAAACCUGACAAAAACACCUCUGAGCCGCGUCGUACAGUCAAGAUCCAGGUCGGCGAUCUGGAGAGCGACACAAUGGAGUUCCAGCUCAACAUCAGCUCACGAGCCUCAGACCUGCUCUCCCAGUUUCACCGCCAGUUCCUCCGCAGCCCUGAUAAUGGAAAAGGCAAAAUGCGCAGAAACGGCUCUGUUGUGUACCCGGACUGCGCCCUGUACGAAGUGGGAGGGAAUAUCGGUGAACACUGUUUAGAUCCCGACACACACCUCCUGGAUUUGUACAACAGUAACCCAGGAGGAGAGUGGUUCAUCAAGAUGAAACCCAACGCCAGCAGAGGGCUGUAACGAUGGAUGGGCAGAUCAAGGAACGGGAGGCAGAAAAAUGAUAAAGGCAGAUUCUUUAAAAAACAUCAGAUCCAUGCAGCCAUCGCUUCUUCAUGUCCCGCACAACCUUAGAGCAACAAGCGAGAAGGAGACAGAUGCAGGAAGCAGAAACAGUUAGAUGGAGAAUCUGCCUGGAGCAGAGCCUCAAAACUGUCUGUGAUCACAUGAGCUCACACCGCCCUCUUUCCCUCUACCUUCCCGUUUCCCUCCAUCUUCUUCUGCUCCUUCCUCCCUUCGCACCAUCAUCGCUCUCCUGCAUUACUGCAAGCAAAAAGCUGCCGACGUGACUCAUUGCUUCCGACGGAGAACCUGCUGCACAGAAAAGAGCAGAAAGAGAGUGACAGAGGGAGAGCGGCUGGACAGUUUGCUUCACCAUCUUUUCUCUCAAGCAAUCAUCUCCGACCAUGAGUGAGCAGAUGGGGCUGCAGAGCACCUCUGGCUAUAGAGAGCUGCCCUCCCCCCUCUCAGACCAGCCUCUGCUCUACAUACACAAAUAAUGUUUUCCUGGAGUAGGUUUGAUCCAGAAGUCCACUGGAAAAAGCUUCAACAUGAUUCAGGGUUUUUUUGUGCAUAUUCUAAGCAAAGUUGUUUCAGUAGUCUUAAGUUAGAGUAACCAGGAUAUGCAGGUGAUCAUCCAACAUGUACCAACAGAGCAGGUCAAUAGCUCCUGUACUUCCAACCUUUAAAAGUGUGGCUUUCUUACCUUUUUUUAAAAAAUCCGUAUUAGAAAGCUCUCCAGCAGCAGGCUGACUGGCAGUCACAGUCUGACAGGCUGACAGAGCAGAGACGAUUUUCCUGUCAGCACAAAAGUUUUUGUUGAACCUGAUGUACGAGGACACAGUGCUCCAUGUUUUGAUAUCUUCUUUUAUCCACCAGCUGGGUUUUUCCUGGCUCAGAGUGACAACGCACCACAGUGAGUCAGAUUUCUGUAUUCUUCUACCCCAAUUACAGCAACAAGUUUUCUCAUUUACAUGAUGUUUAAGAACUCAGCUUAUUGGAGCAAUCAGACCGUAAUCCGGAUAAUUAUGUGAGUGUAAAUUCACUGAUUGUAGUAGAUGCACAUUUAGCCUCAAAUAUGGACAGAAAACCCCUGUCUCAUGUUUUUUUUUGUUUUUUUUUUAUGGAACUAAAAGAGGAAAGACACUCAAAACUGAAAUCAGUUAAUCAGCUGACUGAUCCUUCUCAGUCACUCCUGUUCCUUCUCUCCUGCUGCUUGCAGAUAUUUUGAGACAGAGGGUUUCUCUCUAUCAGCCCCAUUCUUUACCUGUGCCAUUCAAAGAGGGGAAGAGACCCUGAUGAACUGAUAUUUCUUUAUCUGUGAAACCCUGCGAUCUCCCGGGUGUUGUAAAAAUCCACGGACUUCCAAGGACCCCUGACCAGCACAGAGCCGUGCUCAAAUAGACUUUUCUUUUUCUGACACCAAGGGAUUUGGUGUCACAACCUCAAGGACAGUAGUUGUACCUCUAAAGGGAGUUGUUAAGGACGUACAGUGAAGCUGGUCUUCAGUUGUCGUGAAUGGGAGUGAAAGUGCUGAAGUGGCUCAUGGGGCGUAUUGGGAUUAUUACUAUUUAUAUGAAUGUAAUGCCGUUGUUGCUUCUGUAUUUGGUGAGUACUGCGUAGGAUAGAGAGACUUUAGGCUAAUGUGGAAUUGCUGCACCUCAGUGCAAAGUAUGUUGUGUUAAGUCACCCAUACUCAGUGUGGGACUUUGCAGUGUUUGUGUACAUAUUGUUCUUUUUUAUGAAUCUCUUUACAUCUGUUCGUAGGAUAGAUUUCCUGUGUAAAUAUUUCUCGUUCAUAUACACUCUGCUGCGAGGAGAAACCGCCGCAGUAGGACUGUUUGUUGUGAUCGUGUUGCUACUCGAAGCUGUUCCAAACACACACAAGCAGCAAAUGAAUGUAUUAAACAUUUUGUACCGAUCGUCAGAUGCGAUCCAUUUGCUCCUCGCAGCCGGAGCCAUGUUGGUGCUCCGCGGCCAUUUUGUGGGAAGCAUCUUGCACACUCUGCUCAAUAGACGGGGUAAUGACAGCCGGCCCAGGCACACACAUCUAUCAACACCCUCUGCUCCAUCUCUGUCACCUCCCCGUAAUGGACCAUAAUGGCAGCGUGGUGCAUGCAUCAGAAACGCACACAGGAAUCACUUUUCUUUGAUAAAACAGAGGGUAAUAAAUAGGUGUUAUAAAUUCUGCUGCCCUGGACCUGACAACAGCAGUGUGUGUGUGUGUGUGUGUGUGUGUGUGUGUGUGUGCAUGUGUGAUGAGCUUCAUUACACAAGUCCAAUUGGCCUGUCCCAGGGUCCCAGGCACAGUUCAGUGCCUCGGCACAAAGCGAGCUGAUGAAACCGCCUUCUGCUGACAAUCAGGAGAACUAGGUCACCUCUGAAGCAGCAUCCCAGAGGGCGAGCAGCGCGAGUCCAAACACCCCGAGGAGCCGAGCACAUGGACACGCUUUGUCUAAACACACAUGCCGAACAACAAGAUGUGGAGUCACCAAAACAGGAGGGGUACAAGUUCACAGUUUCCUAUUGAGUCUGUUUGUGUUUGUAUAUAUGCGAAGAUGUGAAGACGCUGCGUGUGGGGGGGGAAUAUCUCUGAAACAGUGUUAUCUAUAAACCUAGGGACCUAAAUGAUGGACAUUUUACAGCAUUUUACAUUUGUAUCCUGCUGUGAUCAAAGUGUGAACCCCUUAUUGGUGAAGAUUUUAGACGUCAGUCAGCAGACGUCAGAAUGUAUAUUUAUGCCCUCGUUGUUUUUAAUACAUCUGUGAGAAUACUUUCUCCGUAGGAAGAAAACUUUUGAAAAUUGUCCCUUUUUUCUCAAUAAAUGUGAAUCUAA